ACCAGGACAAAAACGAUCCUUACCUAAAGGGAUUUACAGUACUAGCUAGCCGGCCAUGGAAUCUCACCUAAGAGAGAGAACUGAUGAGCACAGCCAGUGCUGCGUGAAUGCGAACGAGGAUGAUGUUGCUACAGAUCGCACAAAUGUACUGAAUUAUGUAGAGAGUGAUUGUAUUGCAGAGGAGAGCUCAGACGAUGAACUGUACUAUGUUAUUAGCGACUACAAGGCAGCCGAAGACAAUCAGCUAGACCUGCGUCAGGGUCAAGAGGUUACUGUGCUGGAGAGGGUCAACGAGAAGUGGUGGUGGGUGGAGUCAGAGGGGAGAGUGGGGUAUUCCCCUGCUAAUCACUUAUCGUUACUGGACCAAUGUGAUGACCGAUGGCAGGAUGAUGAAUACUUCUCCAGUUACUCUUCUCUGAAGCUCCAUCUUGAGAUGUUGAGUGACAAACCACGCACAGAGGCUUACAAGACCGCCAUUGAAACUGCCGCUUGCUUCAUCAAAGACAAGGUGGUGCUGGACUUUGGUGCAGGCACUGGAAUUCUUAGUCUGUUCUGUGCCAAGCUUGGAAGAGCCAGAAAGGUUUAUGCUGUUGAGGCUAGUGACAUUGCACAACAAGCCAGAUCUAUUAUAGAGCGUAAUGGACUACGAGAGGUGGUGUCGAUAGUUCAGUGUCGAGGGGAGGAGCUUGAGCUUCCGGAGAAAGUUGAUCUGAUCGUAUCGGAGUGGAUGGGAACAAUGCUAAUUUUUGAGUUGAUGAUAGAGUCUGUGUUGCAAGUCAGGGACCGUUACUUGAAGCCCGGAGGACUGAUGUGGCCGUCACAUGCCCAGCUGUUACUUGUACCCUGCACUGCUGAACAGGUUCACCACGAGAAGGUGGCCUUCUGGGAGCGUGUAUACGGGUUUGACUUCUCCCCACUAGUUCCCCUGGCGCAGUCUGAGCUACUGGGCAGACCAAUAUUCAACCAUUCUCUGGACAGACAAGACUGUUUAUCUGAGCCUUGCACUGUCAUGAGUCUAAGCAUGGGACACAUGUCAGUGGAGGACCUGGAGAGGAACGAGUCUAAUUUCAGUUUCAAAAUCACCAAGCCUGGUACGCUACACGGGUUUGGGUCAUGGUUUGACGUCACAUUUGGAGGCGUGUCCUCGUCCAGUGGCUACGAUCCUGUCACUCUAUCUACUUCACCAUCCAACCAACAGACACACUGGAAGCAAGACCUCCUUGUCAUAGACUGCCCCCUCGAGGUUGUCACUGGAGAUACUAUAGAAGGAAGAAUCUCCAUCACCAGAAACAAAAUAUGGAGGAGACAUCUUAAAAUUGAUGUUGAGUACAAACACUUCAGUGGCAAGGCUCAGGAAACAUCGGCCACCUACAACAAGAGUUUCAAGCUGUGGAGAUAACAGGGAGGGACUGUGACAUUUUAGAAUAGUUUUGUCAGUGUGUUUGGUUGCAUUCUAUCCAGUAUUAAUUUAUUUUACGCCUAUUGUUUUUAUACCAUGCAUGAUCGUGUGCAAACCUCUUUUCAUAAGACGUUCACACGUUCCAUUCAACCUAUGACUUAAUGUGAUGAA